GUCGGAGAGCGGCGCUAGGGCGGUCCGCCAUGGUCCAGGAGGCGCUGGAGGCCCUGCGGAUGGCGACGGCGACUCACAGUGAUGUCAAGUGCGAGCAGCUCGAGUGCUGCGCCGGCUGUAGCCUCAAGAUCACGGAUCGUUUCCUGCUGCGCAUGAUGGACGCCUCGUGGCACGAGGAGUGCCUCGUCUGCUCCGUCUGCCGCGUACGGCUCACCCAGUCCUGCUUCACCAAGGACAACAAGGUCUUCUGCAAGUACGACUAUGAGAGACUGUAUCUGGUCAAGUGCUCCGGCUGCGGCGAACGGGCACUGCCGCACGAUCUGGUGAUGCGCGCACAGACUCAGGUCUACCACAUGCAGUGCUUCGUCUGCGUCGUUUGCUGCCAACUGCUGCAGAAGGGCGACCAGUUCGUACUGCGCCAGGGCCAGCUACUCUGCCGCGCCGACUACGAGAAGGAGAUGUUCAUGCUGCAGCAGACGCAGGGAGACUUCUGGGACACCGGUAUUCCAGGUCUGGAGCUGGGGGACGAGCCGGGCCGGCCGAGGGACGGCCGCCGCGGCCCUAAGCGGCCGCGCACCAUCCUCACCUCGGCGCAGCGACGCCAGUUCAAGGCCUCGUUCGAGAUCAGCCCCAAGCCCUGCAGGAAGAUUCGCGAGGCGCUGGCCAAGGAGACAGGGCUGUCGGUGCGCGUAGUGCAAGUGUGGUUCCAGAACCAGAGGGCCAAGAUGAAGAAGCUGCAGCGGCGUGCCAAGCAGCAGCAGGACGGCCAGGACAAGGAAAAGACCGACAAGAAGGACGGCGACGGCGAUAAAAAGGCGGAUACUGACUAUGCUGCCGACAGUCCGUACGGCUCCGGAACGCCCAGCGUUGGUCACCCUUACUCGCCGGACGCCCAGUCCAACGAGAGCUUCUGUGGUUCGGAUGACGUCAGCCUCGAGGACACGGCCUCCUUCGAGAACAUGGACGACAGCCAUGCCGACCCCAACCUAAUGCAGACGUCUUCUGCACCACAACCACUAGACGUGAUGCAGAACUACGGAAGCAUAAACCCCAUAGACAAGCUGUACCUGAUGCAAAACUCGUAUUUCACCGACCACUGAGCGCACCGGUCUAGCCAUUCCUGCUGGCAGUUCACGAGUUUAUAUAUAGGUGGCGCUGCUGUACAACGGCUCGAGCCGCAGUCACAACGGAGCCAAUUCGAUGGAAGCUGGUCAUUCUUAAAGGUGAUGACAGUGAUUGUGAUGACGGUGUUACUUGGGAGGUGAGUUCUCUGCCCUUGUCCUGCAGGCAAGACAGGACGUGCAUUUGUGACCCGAUGAUCUAGCACUCGGCGAUGGACGCUCCGCCCCGACGCUCAAAAAGGCCCCGAGUGCGCCCGCGGCCAAUCACGCAGCCGUUCAGCUUGUGUAUGGAGGGUAUCUUCCGGAGAUUAGCUGUGCGGCGAA